AACAUACGUGACCCCCUCGGAUGACGGCGGCAGCGCCAGAGACAACGACUGUGUGACGGCGACGGACACACACACACACUCACUCUCGCAUGUACGCACAAACGCGCACACGCAAAAGUGUAUUAUAUGUUCAUGACGACCGACAUCGCUCACUGCUCGUGUGUUCAGUGAUCCUACGCCGUCCGUCGCGUGUUUAUGGUUCGUCCGUUGUCCGUGCGCGUGUCGUUUUUUCUUCCCGCCCGUCGCACAUAUUUUCGCGCGUUCCGUCGUCCUCCCCGAUUUCUGACUGAGCCCUCUGUUUGCAUUACGGUUUCGCACGUUAGUUACCCGCCCCAACCAACCCUCCUGUAUCGCCGGUCCAACCGCUCUCGCCAUGAGUCUGGCGUCGUAUUUACCGGUGGCCAACGUCGCCGUGCACGUGGCCGGCACCAUCAUGUUCGUCUCGUCCGUGUACUAUAAUUAUUUCCAUGUCAACGUGCCCACGAACGUGAAUCCCAUCGACGAUGCGUUCGGCGGCAAGUUCAAGUACCUCACUUUUUUGGACGGGUGUUUUCAAGCAUUGUAUUUUGUAUUUGCUUUGGUCGUGGAUGUUUUUCCAUUGGUUCUCCCAUCUCAAUCGUCAAUCUUGGAAACAUUAGUUCAAGUGAAAAACUUUUUCUUCGCCAGUAUUGCUUUUCCAUUAAGUAUGUUCGUCUCUACGACAUUCUGGAGCUUAUGGUUUAUCGACCGAAGUUUGGUUAUGCCUAAAGACCUUGACCAGUAUUUCCCAAAUUGGCUGAACCACACUAUGCAUACAUUCGUGUUUGUCUUUGCCUGCUUAGAAAUGAUCACAGCUUACCGACCAUAUCCAUCCCGCGUUUUAGGAAUGAUCACACACUUAUGCUUGCAAUUAUCUUAUUUAAUAUGGAUUCAUAUUGUGUAUAGCCAGUGCCAUAUGUGGGUCUAUCCGAUCCUUACUCAGCUUAACCUACCAUUGAGAUGUCUAUUCUUCCUGGGUACAUUUGUCUACACAUCUUUCUUGUACUUGGUCGGUGAAUAUUUCAACAAAUUCGUCUGGGGCUAUCAACCUCAAAAGGUACAAACCCAGUACGAUCCUUAGAUAUGAAGUCGAAAAAGCUCUUUAUUACUAUAUAUUAUUAUUAUUAUUAUUAACUAUUAUAUAAUUAUUACUAUGAUUGUUUUUUUUAAUUGGCGAACAUUUGAUACAAAUAAUCGUUCGAUUCAAUGAUGAGACUGUACAACAAUGGAUCUUUUGACAAAAUUGUAUAAGAUAAUAUCAUUAUUGUUUUGUAUGGACAUGAGUAAUAUUAUUUUUUUCCAUUGUUUUA